UUGUCGGAUGCGACGGUGCAUUCGGCGGGACAAUCUGGCUGCUACUGUCGGGACUGCCUCAUCUUUCGCAAGCAUGAAUGGCGCAUUGGAGACAUGAACGCUGCCGUUGUGGGACCCCGUGACGAGUGGCUCAUGUAUUGCUGGGGGGAUGGGGAGCGAGGGCCGUUGUGUUCACGAACAACAGACGCCAUCGCCGAGCCCUACCUUAUUCCGCCCAUCGUGGAGAACAUUACUGUCCAAGAUGCAUCGAAACGGAGGUGGAAAAUUGAACGAGAAGCGAAAUUCACAGCAGUUGCGUCAGGAAAGUACCAUACAUUGCUGCUUGCGGGUAUAUGUAAAUCCAUCCAGUCCUUUCUUGAGGGUGAUGACUGGAUGCUCAGAAUCGCACCAAUUGUUUGCGUGUGGCGACAACUCGUACUUCAAUUUGAGCACUCCAUUGGAACCUGGAUCUGACCCGUGCGACAAUUUCACGACGACCCCGACGGCCGUGGUCGACAGCUUCAAAGGGUUGGGGCAUUCUCGCAUCUUGUCCAUCGCGUGUUCGGACUUUGCAUCGUUUGCACUUGUGGACAAACCCAUCGACGAUGACAGCGACAGCGACAGUGUGUUCAAGCAACGACCUAACGAACUGCACAUCAAGUCUGCGAAGAAACGCCAAAAGGACAACGAGCCAAAAGAAGUCAACGAAUUUAACCACGUGUAUUCGUGGGGGCGGGGGGAGAGGGGGGUGUUGGGUCAUGGCACCACCGAGUCGCAGCCUGUGCCUCGUAUCAUUGACGCGUUGAACUACUACAAGGUGACCCAGCUGGCCGCGGGUCGUCAGCACGUGCUGGCGCUGACGGAAUCCCACGGCGUGUUUGCGUUUGGGAACGGGGGGCACGGCCAGCUUGGUCUGGGCACCACGUCCGACUGCCUUGUUCCUACCCACGUCGACACUUUGGAGGGCAUCCACGUGACGUUUGUCGCUGCAGGAGACGAGUUCUCCGCUGCACUCACAGAUACUGCGGGAAGUCGCCAAGUGUUUAUGUGGGGAUGUGGGAAGCAUGGUGUUCUUGGCAACGGUAACGACGACGACAAGCUCAAACCCACGCGAGUCCAAGCUUUGCGUGGCACAAAAGUCCGAAAGUUGGCAUGCGGGGGCUCACACACCCUCGUGGUCACUGAGCCAGCGGGGGCCAAGCUCAAAGGCACGACAGUCGUCAUGUCGUGGGGCUGGGGUUUGUAUGGCCAACUCGGCCACCGCGACAACUGGGACGUCGCCACCCCCAAACUCGUCGAUGAGAUCCUCCACGAGCGAAUUGUGAGCGUCAGUGGGGGCGCCAGGCACUCCCUCGCGCUCUCCGAGUCUGGAAACGUUUGGGUAUGGGGUCAGGGCAUCCACGCCCACCAGCCAGCCGUUGGCCAACCCAAAGACUGGACUAGCUCCGCCUUGCUCUUCCCUCGCAAGGUCUACCUGCCAAACAUCCACGUCGUUGGCGGCGUCGCAGGGCGAGGUCGAACGUUUGUAUGGGGCGAUCGAGCCACGACGAGCGCAAAGGAACAUCGCCAAGUGUCUGGCAUCGACACCCUUUCCAGUGAAAGCCACUGCAGCAUGUCGUCGGCUAGCACCGUGCUGAGCUCCAACAGCCUGCGGGUCCUGUAUGCAUGUGGCUCGUGUCAGAUGGGGACGGUGUGCGUCGUGUGCGCCGCGCGAUGUCACGGCGGCCACUGCCUGACGUUGCGAUGGACGUUGGACAACUGCUUGUCGAGAGACUGCGAUUGCCAUGACACUGGGAAAUGCCAAGCGAUGGCGGGCGAUCGUAGUUUUCCAGGGAAAGACGAGUAAACGCUAGCAUAUAUAUGUAUAUAUAUUCGUCCCCUACUAUAUAUAUAUAUGUACGUUGUAUGUGUGUGCCGUGGUUGUCUACGUAAAACUGAGCAACUCCCGCAGCAAUUGCUCGUCUUCCUUCUUCACAAACCGGCCCUUGACGCGUAAUCUUGAAUCGGCAAAGUUCUUGCGCACGUCGUACUUGACUUCUUUCCGCCACACCCGUUUCUGUCGCUUGUCCAGAAACUUCUCCACCCGCUUCCGGCGCGAGUCGGGCGAGUACGCGCCGACAAAUGCCGCCUUCUUGUCCGCGUCCGACAGCCCCCCCGCCGUCGUGUUGAGCGUGCCGCUGAGGAAGGCCGACGCGUUGAGUCUCGCGGCGCCGGGGAUGCCGAUGGGGCGGGACGUGAGUCCGUCCGACGGCUCGUGCUUGAUCUUGACGCCAUCCGCCCCCAACUAGCCAUAGUUUGGUCAAAACGAGCCCCGAAUGGUAGGGGCGUACCUUGGACGACUGGUCGAGGAAAU